AUGACGGACGCAUUCUCCCAAGCAAGCAGGCGGUUGAGUCAAAUCAAGGAUUCCAUCAUGGGCAAAGUGGCGACGACGAUCCCGUUCGACCCGGACUCGACGUCGUUCCCGACGCGCAAGAACCUGCCCAAGAUCGUCGGCGCGCCGGACGAGGCGGCCUGGGUCUGGGGCAAGGACGACUACGUCGGGCGGCUGAACCUGUUGACACCGACGCGGGUCAAGGCCGCGUCUCAGGAGAUCCGCACGGGGGAAAUGGCACGCCUGGACCUGCCGCUGGACGUGCCGGAGCAGCCAGCCUUUGGGCGGCAAAAGUUCGAGCACAAGAUCCUGCCGCUGGCCGAGGGCAUCGCGUACGACGACGUGUACCACAUGAACACGCAGUCCGGCACGCAGUGGGACGGGUUCCGGCAUUUCGCGCACGUCCCGACCCAGACCUUCUACAACAACACGCACGGCAGCGACAUCAUGGGCCCGACGGCCAACGACAAGUGCAGCAUCCACCACUGGUCCGAGCACGGCUUCUCGGGCCGCGGCGUGCUGCUCGACUACCGCGCGUACGCCGACAGCGUGGGCAUCAAGUACGACACGGCGACCUCGCACGCCAUCAGCUACGACGACCUCGUCGCCUGCGGCAAACACCAGGGCCUCGACAUCCGCCCCCAGUCCCAGGGCGGCGACCUCAAGAUCGGCGACAUCCUGCUGAUCCGCUCCGGCUGGGUGCAGGACUACCACAAGCGCGCCCCGCAGGACCGCGAACGCCUCGCCCUCCGCCACGGGCCCGACGCCCAGUGGUGCGGCAUCAAGCAAGAAGAGGCCAUGAAGGACUGGUUGCACGACUGCUACUUCGCCGCCGUCGGCGGCGACGCGCCUUCCUUCGAGCGCUGGCCCACCCCGGAGUCCUACUACCUGCACGAGUUCAUCCUCGCGCUCUGGGGCAUGCCGCUCGGCGAGAUGCUCGACCUCGAGAAACUCGCCGAGCUGUGCAAGAAGAACAACCGCUGGACCUUCUUCUUUAGUAGCGCCCCCUUUAAUUGUCGCGGCGGCGUGAGCAGUCACGUCAACGCCACGGCUAUUUUCUAG